CCCUUCCUGUGCUGUGUUUGCUAGUAGUAUAGUAUUACUACUAUUUAAUUCUUACAUUUCAUUCAGUUUUCAAGCUUUCUCUCUUCCCAACCCCAACCAUGGCUAUCCCCUAAUUUAUUUAUUAUCUUCACAGAAUAAAAAACCACAAAAAAAAAAGAGAUCAAGAGUGCUCUUAAGCAUUCAUGGUCUCAGCUUUUCAAAUCCAUUUCAUGAAAAACAAUUUCUGUUCUAUUCAUCUUCAAAAAUGGCAACUUUACAAGAACCCCAUCUCGAUUUGGAAGCCGGUGGUGGCGGAGACGUUGGUUCACGGUCAUCUGAUGCAACAGAAGACAGUAUUAUAGUAACAACAGAGAUUGUUGGGGUGGAAAAAGGCAGGGAAUCCAAUGUGUCAGAUUUUUCAGUAGUGGAUCUGGAAAGUGGUAAUACUAAGGAGGUGCAUUUGUCAAGGAUUCAAAGGGAUUGUAGAAUCUGUCAUUUAAGUCUGGAUUUAACACACAAUGAUAAUGAAAAUGAGGAAGAUGAUGAUGAUGAUUUUGGUGCUCAGAAUGGGAUUCCCAUUGAGUUAGGCUGUUCUUGUAAAGAUGACUUAGCUGCUGCUCAUAAACAUUGUGCUGAAGCUUGGUUCAAGAUUAAGGGCAAUAAAACAUGUGAGAUUUGUGGAUCAAUUGCACAAAAUGUUGCCGGUGCAAACGAGGCUGAACUAAUGGAACAGUGGAACGAAGCUAAUGAUGCCAUGUCAACUGCUACCGCACCUGGGGGGACUACCACCACCACAUCAGAUACACGAAAAUUCUGGCAAGGUCAUCGGUUCCUCAACUUCUUACUAGCUUGUAUGGUUUUUGCCUUUGUCAUCUCCUGGCUGUUUCAUUUCAACGUCCCCUCAUGAAAACAAGUAGAUGUUAUUAAAUUCAACAACUUAUUAAUUGAAUCGUUCUUGUAUGCUACCACUGCAUCUCUCUUUGUUGUAUGAUACUUGUUCUUUUUGUUGUUGUCGUUGUUUAUGUAGUAUUCAUGUGCUCUAUCAGAGCUUGUAUCGGGUGUACCGUCAAGAUGUGUAUGAAAUGUUGUUCUUAUAUAGCUCAUCUUUUUCGUGUUA